AUGAAUUUGAUUCUUUUGUAUCUGAUUAAGACCAGUCUGAAAAAGUUGAAAAUCUUAGAAGUAAUACAUACACAAACUAUAUUAUAAAGAACUAUUUUUUGGGAUAAAUAGAAGGUAAAUUAGAGUAUUUUUAAUAGCAAUAAACUUGUAAAGACUCAGAAGAGUAUCAAAGGUGA